AUGGUGGUGCUAACACUGGCAGCGAUGGCGGUGGCAACUUUGAGGAUAGAAAAGGUGGCGGAGGCAACAUCGGCGGCGGCGGCAGAUCAAGCAGUAUACCCAUUAAGCUUCUUAUUAUCUCAAAACGUCAACGCUGAUGGAAUUCACUCGCCUGAUAAUGUUGCUAAGGCGGUCAAACGUAUGCCAGAAGCAACUUUUUCUGGAGGAGUUGUAAAAAAGAGACAAGUUCGUUCUAAGCUCUUUCCGCGAGAUGAUCAUGUUAUAGAGACUAAAAUCGGCCCGGGAAGACGUGAUUCACAAGAUCAUGUGGUAGAGGAUAGUUUCCGCCCGGUAAGACGUGAUAAACAACCAGGUCACCAAAAAGGAGAGUCGGGAUCAGGUAACCCCAGAGUGCACGGAAGAAGACGUGAUUCACAAAUAGGUCACCAUGGCGGACCAGGCAACCCCAGAGUGCACGAUGGCUGA